UAUUGGAAAUUUAGAAACAAUAACAGAGCUCAAGAAAAAUAUUAUCUAGUGUCACUGCUCCCAUGGCUACAGACGAUAAUGAGGUAGUCACCGAUCUCUAUCCAACUUUCCGACUCUACAAAAAUGGCCGCGUAGAACGCUUCUACGAACAAUUUAAUGUAUUCUACGUUCCCCCAUCGCCUGAAGACCCAGCCACGGGUGUCUCAUCCAAAGACAUCACAAUCUCAUCUCACGUUUCUGUUAGACUUUACCUUCCAAAAAACACUAAUAUUACUGUUAACGAAAAACUUCCGAUAUUAGUAUUUUACCAUGGUGGUGGACUUGUUGUUGGAUCUGCUUUCUUCAACAAGAUGCACCGUUUUCUUAACUACUUGGUUUCUGAAUCAAAUGCUAUUGGAGUCUCUGUAGAGUACAGGCUAGCCCCUGAGAAUGAUUUGACAACGUUAUACCAAGAUUGCUGGACUGCCCUUCAAUGGGUUGCUUCUCACAGUGAGAAUGACAACUUCACCCACACUAGUAAAGACUCAUGGUUAACAACCUAUGCUGAUCUAAAAAGGGUGUUCAUUGCUGGGGAUAGCGCUGGAGGUAAUAUAGUUUAUCACAUGGCUAUGAGAGCUGGUAGAGAAAGCUUAAACGGAGACGUUGAAAUCUUGGGUUCCAUUCUUGCUUGUCCUUACUUUAUGAUCCCAGUCGAUAACGUCAAUUUGCAGGAUAAUGACGCUUAUAAUUUGUGGAUGACCAUCUGUCCAAAAUUGGAAUCUGGAUUAUCAGCAACUGCAACUGAUAGUCCAAUGAUUAAUCCACUUGCUGAAAAGGCUCCUAGUCUAUCAGGUCUAGGCUGCUCGAAAUUGUUUAUGGGUAUAGCUGAGAAAGAUGUAUUGGUUCCAAGAGAAAUUAUGGUUAAGUUUGUUGAAGGUGUGAAGAAAAGUGGGUGGAAUGGAGAGUUGACGUUCUUUGAAGUUGAAGGAGAAGAUCAUUGCUUCUUUAUAGAGGAUCCUGAAACUGAAAAAGCUAAAGAUUUGAUACAGCGCUUUGCUUCUUUCAUCAAACAAAAGUAAUGCCUUCUAACUAUUAUUGUAGACUGUGUUACUGUUUGAUUGUAUGGUCGUUUCAACUUUUGUCAUCUUAAUCUCUAUUUUAGCUUGCAAAAUUUGAUUCAUAAUCCUUUUGUGCACAUUCGUGUGGCCGCAUCCUUUUUGUACAUUUGUAGUAAUUAAUACCCA